AUGAUAGAGCAGCUUCUUUCCUCUGCUCAGCGAUCAAAUUCAAGACUCGGGGCUCGCGUCCCCCCGAGGCAAGGGAAUUUCGAGGACGUGCGCGACAUCUCGCACUCGGGUCGCGCGCGACGCAUAUCUAAGGCAAGCCCAAGACGCGGCGGCGGCGGCCUUACCUGGCCAGAGGCGUCGACGUCGGAAGGCGGCGGCGAGGGAAAACGAGGCGGAGGCGGCGUGUUCGGCUGGCUGAGCUGGCUCGCACGGAACCGUGGUCCCUCCACCACUGGGUCAAAGUUAUAUAGCGCGACGCAGCCGCGCCGCCACCGCGCCGCGCCGCGCCGCUCGCACCUGCCGCGCCGCUCGCCCCGUCGCCGCCGACCAAUGACGGGCCCACCGGCGCCCGCGCCCACGCCCCGCGGCUCCUCCCGCCCUCCAACGCCCUACGCCCGCCACGCGCCAAGUCCGGCCGCCCACCGGCGCCCCGCGAAGCGGCGCCUCGCGAGGGGCUCCGGCCGGUCCCCCGCAACCGGCUCGAAGGCAAAGUCGAUGGGAAACUGGUUUAAAGUCGGACGCCUAUUGUUGGAACAAGAGGAAGCAAGUCCGGGACUCGCUCGCCGCGCGCGACGCUACACACUGCCGGCGGCGCUGGUCGACGGGGCAGCCGUCGGCAUCCAUCCGACUUCCGAGCGAUUAGAUUGCGAACAGACACAGUUUGGCUGGCCUGGCGCUGCGCGCCCGCCACGGCCAGUAUCUCUGGCCGCGCGCGCGCCAACGCCAGUGCGCUUGCACGCGGAUCCGCACGUGCCGCUGUCACCGCGCCUCGACUCGCCGCGCCGCCUCGCCCACCUCUCGCCCCGCCCGCGCCCCCGGCGCUCCAUGCUGCACUAUGACUGCCGAGCCUUGUCCCAGUUCUCAUACCUGGUAGACAACCUGAAUGGUUCUCGCCAGUAG